ACAAAGCUACACACUAAAAUAUUCAACAAACAGAAACUAUUCAACACAAAACAUGUUCAGCGACAAUUUGUUGUACUCCUCUGCUUUUGGUAAGAUCAGCAAGACAGAUUUCUCCAUGGAAUAUGUCGGCCUGGAAGCGGAAAGCGAGCUAUGGUUCAGCUUGGAAGGGAAGAUGUCGAGGACAUCCCUGCUCGUGCUGGACUACAAGCAGUUCAUCGCUGCACGUCGCAUUCAGACCCACUGGCGUGGCUAUCUCGUACGAAAGUGGCAGAAGCUGCGCUGGGUUGCCACCAUCAACAUUCAGCGCUGGUGGCGUGGCUAUCGUGCACGCAGCCACAUGUCCCUGAACAUCGAGAAGCGCCUGCAGGAUAGCCUUGUGGAGCACUACAACCGCUCGGCCAUCAAGAUCCAGUCGCUCUUCCGUGGCUGGUGGAUCAGGAACACAGUGCACGAUUCGAACACUCUGCGCCGCAUGCAGACCUCUGCCGCCGAGGAUCUGCUGCACUGCGUGGCCCUCCAGCUGCAUCACUUGAUGCAGACUCAGGAGCUACCGGGUGUCUACUCGCUGCGACAGUCUGAUUGUCUAUCGCAAGUCGAAAAGAUAACAGCCAGCAUGGUUUUCCGCUUCUGCAGCGGCAGCAUGCUCAGUUUGAUGUCACGCCGCGCAGCCGUGAGGGAGGAGCGACGCCGAUUGUUCCACAAAUCGAAAUACACCACUGCCAUUCCCUAUCGCGGACCCAAUUUCAAUGCGGCUUGCCCUCCGCCGGACGACGUACCGCAGCUGCCCAAAGCGAUCGUGGACAAACGCAUUUUUAAGGUCAUAAUUGAGUUCGAGAAGUCCCUGGUGAAUCCGACGGUGCGCGAAAUUCAGCUAAAUCAAGCCCAACGCAAACGCAAAUUGUUCCUGGAGCAGGUGCGCGCUAAGAGGCUGGCCUCUACGCAGAACUUCUGCGAAUAUGUCAUCCAGAAUAUGCGAAAAUGGAAAGUGUGGAACGGACAGAAAGUCACACUCAAAAACGACUUGUUUCGAGAUGCGGAAAACCUCGAAAACUUCUUUAAUGAAGCGGGUCAUCUGCUGGAUGAAUUGGUGACUUGUCGCUGCAGGCGAGACAAUGCCCACUAGGGUCACUGCUAUCCCAUCGAAUAAAUUGUGAGUGUAAGAGCUA